AUUGCAAAGAGAGAUGAUUGUAUUCCGUCGCCGGAGAGGAAAUCUUCGCUACAAUACGCCAUGGAUUUCAUAUUUCAUCAGGAUUCUUCCGCCAAGAACUCCGUCAACAUUUGGAUUCCUUCUACUGCAAGUGAUCUUCUUUUUGGAAUUUACAAGACUGAGCUCUUGGGUUAAUGGAUUCAUUCGCUUUUCUGUGGCAAUUGGGGGUGAAAGCAGACCCGGAAGCCGCGCACUUCACGUUUUUUGCGGUGCUACUCUUUGUCUGUUAUCUAACUGUUCGUCUUUUUGAGAAGAAACGUUGGCUGAAUGACUCUAUUACUUCCCUAGCCAUUGGAAUUUUCACUGGAAUUAUCGUUCUCCUAACGACUAGAGGAAAAAGUUCUCACAUCUUAGAAUUCAACGAACAGCUUUUCUUCAUUUACCUUCUUCCACCCAUAAUAUUUAAUGCUGGGUUUCAGGUGAAGAAGAAACAGUUUUUCCGCAACUUUCUGGUAAUCAUAUUGUUUGGUGCUUUUGGAAGUGUGAUAUCAUUCUUCAUCAUAUCACUAGGUUCCCUCAACUUACUCAAGAAAUUGGAUGUUGGCUUAGUGGACACACAAGAUUAUUUUGCACUUGGGGCAAUCUUAACAGCAACAGAUAGUGUUUGCACCUUGCAAGUUCUUAAACAGGAUGAGACACCUUUACUUUAUAGUCUGGUCUUUGGCGAAGGUGUGGUCAAUGAUGCUACCUCAGUGGUACUCUUCAAUGCAAUCAAGAAAUUUGACCUCUCACACAUCACUUCAACAAGUGCCAUUCAGUUAGCCGGAAGUUUCUUUGGGUUGUUCUCGGGAAGCACAUUACUGGGAAUUGCAGUUGGGCUGCUAUGUGCAUUUAUCAUAAAGAAGCUAUCCUUAGGCAGGCACCCUACAGAUUAUGAAGUUGUUCCAAUGAUUUUGAUGGCCUACCUUUCGUAUAUGAUGGCUGAAUUGUUGCUUCUUAGUGGUAUUCUUAGUGUGUUCUUUUGUGGGAUUGUCAUGUCUCACUACACAUCUUGGAAUAAUGUGAAUGACAGUUCCGAUAAUGGGAUUGGCAGUUCCAGACUAAUACCACGCCAUGCUUUUGCAACAUUAUCUUUCGUUGCAGAGAUUUUCAUCUUCCUUUAUGUUGGUAUGGAUGCAUUGGAUAUUGAGAAGUGGAAUGUUGUUAGAGAAAGCCCAGGGAAAUCAGUUGGAGCAAGCCUUAUACUGCUAGGUCUUGUUCUUGUUGGAAGAGCAGCUUUUGUAUUCCCACUCUCUUUCAUUUCCAACUUGACCAGAAAGCAUAAAAAAGACCAUAUUGGGUUUAAACAACAGUUUACAAUUUGGUGGGCUGGACUCAUGAGAGGUGCUGUAUCAGUGGCACUUGCUUAUCAUCAGUUUGCAAGGUCAGACGAAAAGGACCAAGGGGAUUCGAUAAUGAUAACUAGUACCAUUUCAAUUGUUCUCUUCACAAACGUGGUGUUUGGAUUAUUGACAAAGUCCUUAGUAAGACGAAUGAUUCCUCGAAAUAAUCACUCAGCACAUUUAUAUUAUCCUUUACUUCGAGAAUUAAAUGAUCCACUGGUUGAUGAGAAUGAUAUUGAAUCAAGCACCACCGAACUAAACCAAUUUCAUCCAGAAAGUUUCAUGUCGUUUAUGAGAUCUCCAACUAAAUGUUUCCAUUAUUAUUGGUACAAGUUUGAUGAUUGCUUCAUGCGUCCUGUUUUUGGAGGGAGUGAAUCAUCAUUGGAACAUCUCACUCCCUCAUCUUCUCCCUGAUUUUAUAUAUCUGACAUGUCACACAUAUAGUCGUACACGUGCACUUAAUAGA